UAUCAAACAAGGGUUUAUGUAGGGCUUGAACACUGUAGCAGUUGCCAUAGUUGCAGUGGCAUUUGCAGCGCUGUCAUAUGUAAUAUGUGUGGCAGGGAAACGUUGGAGGAAAUGUAACAUCACACCGCAAUGACAUCAAAACCACAGAUAACACCGCAGAUUACACUUGAACUGCUGUUUCGAGGUGCUUCCAGCUUCAGGAGUGGCCAACACAGCCACACUAUGGACAGACAGGGUGUGGCCGUAGUUACCUGCUCUGUUACACCUGAGAGCAAAAUAAGCCAGCGUUAGUUAUUUGCCCAGGCCUGAGAGGAGCUCUGCUGUCACUGGAUUAUUUCUCCACCAAAAGAGCUGCAAUGAAGCUCGUAUCCGCCAGCAUGAGGCUAAAGGUGGCUGUGUUGUUUCUUGCAACAUUUAAUUUGAAAACAGAGGCGAUGCUGGUGACAUCCUCAGGACCACAGACCAUCCAAAGGGCCCGGGGGGAGAAAGUCACAAUAGGGUGCACCUACACCCCGGACCCCGCGGACACCGGAGAACUGGACAUCGAAUGGUCCAACGUCAGCCCUGACAUGACUCAGAAAGACAAACUGAUCUUGUCGUAUUCAGGGGGCCAGACGGUGCACUAUGACCCCAGCCUCUCCAAAAGGCUGAGCUUCACAGGAGACCCCAAGCAGGGAGACGCCUCCAUCGCAAUCUCAGAUGUGAAGAUCUCAGACACAGCCACGUACCAGUGUAAAGUCAAGAAAACACCCGGCGUUGACAUGCGAAAAGUCACACUUGUAGUGAUGGUUCGCCCAUCAGUGCCAAAGUGCUGGGUGGAAGGAGGUGAGGAGAAAGGCGGUACAGUCUCCCUCCGCUGCAAAUCCUCUGAGGGAUCCACUCCUUUGAGUUAUGUGUGGAGGCGAGAGAGUGGAGGUGCCAUUCCACCCACUGCAACACAAGACCCACAGACUGGAGAGCUGUUGAUAAGGAAUCAUUCAGAGAGCAAUGUGGGAAAUUAUGUGUGCGAAGCGAAAAAUGCUGUUGGCAGAGAGCAGUGCAAAUACACACUCUACGCGUACAACCCGCCAAACAAAGUGGGUGUCAUAGUCGGGGCAGUAAUCGGUGCUCUGUUGCUGCUGCUGCUCCUCCUGCUCCUCAUCUGGCUCCUGAUUUGCUGCUGCCACAAGCGUCGCUAUGAGAAGGAGGUUGCAAACGAAAUCAGGGAGGAUGCCCCGGCCCCGGAGAGCAGGCCCUCCAGCAGAAACUCAAGCUUCCGCUCAGUGCUGGGCUAUCGCGCCCACCCCGGGGUGAUCUACAGCACCGUGAACAAAGCCCAGCCCACUAGGACCGAGUCUACCCGAAGUGCCAUCUACACAGCCAGGAGCAACGGCUCGUCACAGUCAGCGUCUCCCGGAGCAAAACCGCCUCGCCUACAAUACGACAGCAGAUAUGGAUACCCUGUGUAACAGCAGACGGUCAAACACAAGCCCAUUUUGGCCUGAUAGAAUUUGCCUUCAGUACAAAACCACAGCUUGUAAAGAAUACUGCAGCUAUGACAAAUGGUGCAAUACAAUACAGAGGAACAUAAUGGUACAGGCCCACUAGAGACAUAUUUGAAGGCACAAUUGCUAAUUAGCUCGUUAAGAGUGCUGCUAUAUGACUACUGGAAACCCAUAAAAAUUUACCUCUGCCCUAUGGACAAACAUAAUACUCAACUGGCUGACUUUCAUGAUGCACUGUAAGACGCAUCACUGCCUCUAUUAACAAGAGAAGGUCUGAAAAACGACUCUCCAUAACCAAAGUCAUUACUGCGCUCAUUUUGCAAAUCCUGUAUGUGUAUGUAGCAAAUAACAUGUACUUUUGUUUUGAUGCCUAUAUUUUUUCCAUUAAGCAUAUAAGCCUUUGUCUAUUGUAUUUUUUUUAAAAUAUUUGUACAAUAAAAUAACCUUUUUUUUAAACUGAA